GAGCUAUCUACGGAAGCCGAGUAAGGACCUGCUGGUGGAUUUUUGAAUCUGACAUGACAGCUAUUUCUCACACAUAGCCAGAGCUACUUAUCGCAACAGAAAGGGGGUUCGGGAUUAUCUCUUUGCUCUAAAAACAAAGUGAGAGAUCAAAACCCUUUGCUACUAAAUACAUCUGGAUUGCAUCUGCCAUUCUGUAAAUGCUCAUUGCCACGGUACCGGUAGCUACUGCUAACAAAGCAAUUACGGAUCUGACAAAUCGGUGCGACCAGGAUGGAGUGGCAGCCGGAUGAACAGGGUUUGCAGCAGGUGCUUCAGCUGCUGAAGGACUCCCAGUCUCCAGACACAGCCACACAGAGAGCUGUGCAGGAAAAACUGGAACAGCUCAACCAGUUCCCAGACUUCAACAACUAUCUCAUCUUCGUCCUUACAAGCCUCAAAUCAGAGGAUGAGCCAACCCGUUCUCUAAGUGGUCUCAUAUUGAAGAACAAUGUGAAGGCCCACUACCAGAACUUUCCUCCUCUGGUAGCUGACUUCAUCAAGAGGGAAUGUCUCAACAACAUUGGAGAUCCCUCGCCCCUCAUCAGAGCAACCAUCGGCAUCUUGAUAACAACCAUAGCAUCUAAAGGAGAGCUGCAGACAUGGCCUGAACUCCUCCCUCAACUCUGUAACCUGCUCAACUCUGAAGACUACAAUACCUGCGAGGGUUCUUUCGGAGCCCUGCAGAAGAUCUGUGAGGAUUCUUCAGAGCUGUUGGACAGUGAUGCUCUCAACAGACCCCUGAACAUCAUGAUCCCCAAGUUCCUACAAUUUUUUAAACACUGCAGCCCAAAGAUCAGGUCUCAUGCCAUAGCGUGUGUGAAUCAGUUCAUCAGCAGUAGAGCCCAGGCUCUGAUGGAUCACAUCGACACCUUCAUCGAGAGUCUGUUUGCUCUAGCGGGGGAUGAGGACUGUGAGGUGAGGAAGAACGUGUGUAGAGCUCUGGUCAUGCUGCUGGAGGUCCGGAUAGACCGACUCAUACCACACAUGCACAGCAUCAUACAGUACAUGCUCCAGCGUACCCAGGACCCAGAUGAGAAUGUCAGCCUGGAGGCCUGUGAGUUCUGGCUCACCCUGGCUGAGCAGCCCGUCUGCAAGGAGGCCCUGUCUGGGCACCUGGUCCAACUCAUCCCUAUCCUGGUGAAUGGGAUGAAGUACUCUGAGAUAGACAUCAUCCUCCUGAAGGGAGAUGUAGAGGAGGAGGAUGACACCGUACCAGACAGUGAGCAGGACAUCAAGCCUCGCUUCCACAAGUCACGCACCGUCACCCUGCAACACGAGGGAGGAGAGGGGGAGGAGGGGGAGGAUCACGACGAUGACGAUGACGACGAUGACACGCUCUCUGACUGGAACCUGC